AUGGUAUGGGUAACCGAGAGAUGACUAAUUGGAAGAUUAUUGACGUAAUCCAAGUGGUGGUAGAGAUAAAGAAAAGUAAACAGAUUAAGAUAUACUUUGAAGGUAAAGUCUGGAAGACUCAAUGGGUUAGAAGGAAAUAAGGGAGGAGGGAAUCAGGUGAUUUUCAGGUUUUUGGAUUGAGCAAUUUAGUGAGCUAAAGAAGACUAGAGAACAGAUUUUGGGGGGAGAAGAUGUAUAAUAGAGAAUUCCAUUUUAGACAGACUAACUUGGUCUGCUAUAUCCAAGUGGAAAUAUUUGAUUAGCUGUUGUAUGUAAAAACUUGGAGCUCAAAGGAGAGAUUUGAAUUGGUCAUAUAAAUUUUGGAGUCAUCAACAUAUGGAUGAUAUUUAAAACCAAGGGAAAUGAUAAAGUCACUGAGAGAUUAUCUGGUUUGAUGGUUAUCAUCACCAUUGGGGCCUGUGACAACCAUGCUUUUUGGAUUUAAAGCAUUAGAUUUUAGUAAUCAGUUAAUUGAACUGUCCUUACAGACAUGCAAAUGGUCAUGUGUUUGUCACUCUGUGUUGCCCUGAGAUGCCCCAUCCCGUGAUGUUGAGAGUGAAACAAGAUCUUGUGUCCACAGGUGCUCCCUGGAUCAGGCCCGUAAGCUUGCUGGUUUCUAUUUUCAGUGAGCUGAGGGCCAUGUCAGAUUUCUGCCACCUACAGGUCAGACCAUGAAGUUGAAGGAAAUUGAGAGGCCAGCUGUCCAAGCGUGGAGCCCAGCCAGCCAGUACCCUGUGUAUCUGGCCACAGGAACAUCUGCCCAGCAGCUAGAUGCCUCCUUUAGCACAAAUGGCACAUUGGAAAUCUUUGAGGUUGAUUUCAGGGACCUUUCUUUGGACUUGAAACGCAAGGGAGUCCUUUCUGCCUCAAGCAGGUUUCACAAGCUGAUCUGGGGGAGCUUUGGCAAUGGGAACCUGGACGGCACCGGGGUUAUUGCAGGCGGCGGGGACAACGGCAUGCUUACACUAUACAAUGUGACCCACAUCCUGUCUCCAGGAAAGGAGCCUGUGAUUGCCCAGAGACAGAAGCACACGGGGGCUGUCAGAGCCCUUGACUUUAACCCUUUCCAGGGCAACCUCCUGGCCUCAGGGGCGAGUGAUUCCGAAAUCUUCAUUUGGGAUUUGAAUAACCUGAGUGUGCCAAUGACCCCAGGAUCCAAGUCACAGGAGCACCUUGAGAUAGGAGUGAAACCCAAGUGUGCCUACCAUUGUCUCAGCGUCUACACCAGUACCCUAAAGGAACCUCUCUGGAAAAUUCAACUCCAGCUCCCUGAGACUGUCUUGGUUUGGCCCCCGGAAGACAUCAAGGCACUUUCUUGGAACCGGCAAGUUCAACAUAUUUUGUCUUCUGCUCACCCCAGCGGCAAGGCAGUUGUAUGGGAUCUCAGGAAGAAUGAACCUAUCAUCAAAGUCAGUGAUCACAGCAGCAGGAUGCACUGCUCAGGCCUGGCCUGGCACCCAGACAUAGCCACUCAGUUGGUGCUAUGCUCAGAAGAUGAUCGUCUCCCAGUGAUUCAGCUGUGGGACUUGCGCUUCGCCUCCUCACCUCUGAAGGUGCUGGAGAUCCAUAGCAGGGGUAUCUUGUCAGUGUCAUGGAGCCAGGCUGAUGCUGAGCUGCUGCUCAGUAGUGCCAAGGACAACCAGGUCUUGUGCUGGAACCUCGUGAGCAGCGAGGUGGCAUAUAAGCUACCCACACAGAGCAGCUGGUGCUUUGAUGUGCAGUGGUGCCCUCGGAACCCUCCAGUAUUCUCUGUUGCCUCCUUUGACGGCUGGAUCAGUUUGUACUCUGUGAUGGGUAGGAGCUGGGACGUCCAGCAGAUGAGACAGGUUGACAAGAUCUCUUCCUCCUUCAGCAAAGGCCAGCCUCUCCCACCAUUGCAGAUGCCAGAGCAAGUGACUCAAGCAUCAUUGAUACCUCCUCUGAAAAAAACCCCCAAAUGGAUGAGAAGGCCAGCAGGUGUUUCAUUUGCUUUUGGGGGGAAGCUGGUUACUUUUGGCCUUCCCAGCACCCCUGCCCAUCAGGUGCCACAGCCUUGCCUUCGCCUAGUCUUCAUCAGUCAAGUCACCACAGAAUCUGAAUUCCUGAUGCGGUCAGCUGAGCUGCAGGAGGCCCUGAGAUCAGGAAAUCUCCUCAAUUAUUGUCAGAACAAGAUCCAGCGAGCAUCAGUACAAAGUGAAAAGAUGCUCUGGCAGUUCCUGAAGGUGACCUUGGAGCAAGACUCCAGAAUGCAAUUUCUAAAGCUAUUAGGAUACAGUAAAGAUGAGCUUCAGAAGAAGGUGGCCUUGUGGUUGAAGAGAGACUCAGGGCUGGGUAAGAGCCCCCAGCCCAAGGGAGAUAACCUCAGCAGUACCAGACAACAGGCCUUCGGCAGCCAGGUCUCCAAACACACCACAGAAGUCUCUGCCUCCUCAGCUUUCUUUGAUGAGCUGGUCCCUCAGAACAUGACUCCAUGGGAGAUUCCCAUCACAGAAGACACAGAUGGACUCCUGAGCCAGGCUCUCCUGCUCGGUGAACUGGGCCCUGCUGUGGAGCUGUGUCUGAAAGAAGAGCGCUUUGCUGAUGCCAUUAUCCUGGCCCAGGCUGGGGGCGCAGACCUGCUGAAGCAAACACAGGAACGCUACUUGGCCAAGAAGAAAACCAGAAUCUCCUCGCUGCUAGCCUGUGUUGUGCGGAAGAAUUGGAAGGAUAUGGUGUGCUCCUGUAGCCUGCAGAACUGGAGAGAGGCACUGGCUUUGCUGCUGACAUACUCAGGGCCAGAGACAUUCCCUGAGCUCUGUGACAUCCUGGGUGCUCGAAUGGAGCAGGAGGGUGACAGGGCACUCACCUCCGAAGCCAGACUCUGUUAUGUGUGCUCAGGGAGUGUGGAGAGGCUGGUGGAGUGCUGGGCAAAAUGCCACCAGGCUUCAUCCCCCAUGGUUCUACAGGACCUGAUGGAGAAGGUAAUGGUUCUGAACAGGAGCUUGGAACGACUGCGGGGUCCUGAUGGGGUGAGCCCAGGCCCUGCCACAACCUACAGGGUCACUCAGUAUGCCAGCCUCCUGGCAGCCCAGGGCAACCUGUCCACUGCCAUGAGCUACCUACCCAAUGACUGUGCUCAGCCAUCAAUUCAGCAGCUGAGAGAUCGGCUUUUUCAUGCCCAGGGUGCUGAUGUCUUGGGCCAACAGUCUCCUCCUUUCCCCUUUCCUCGAGUCAUUGUGGGAGCUACUCCCCACUCUAAAGAAACAUUAUCUUGCAAAUUGGGAUUCCAGCCUUCUCACCAGGUUCCCACUCCAUCUACAAGGCCAAGGAUUUUCACACCCCAGUCAUCACUAGUGAUGCCCUUGGCACCUUCCCAUUCUGGCCCUUAUCAAGGCUCCAGAAUGCAGAAUAUAAGAGACUACAGGGUACCUGAGCCCCAGAUUGCCCAGCCUUUGCCCCAGGGCCCUGGGGUAAUGCCUGCUUUAUCUCAGCCACAGGUGUUAAGAGGGCAAAGGGCGCAAGCUCCUAACCUCAUGGGAUUCCCUGGAACAUGGCCUCUUCCUGGUCCCCCUCCACCCAUGGCACCCUCAGGCAUCAUGCAGCCUGACUCUGCCCCCCUGCCUGAGACUGCUCGACUGCUUCCUUUUCUUCCGAUGAGACCACCAGUUCUCAGCCCUGUGAGCUCCCAGCCCCCAGGCCCUCCUGUCAGCUUCCCUGCAGCACACCCUCCAGGAGGACCAGGCGCUGCAUGCUCUAGCACCAUUCAAACCACUGGCAUCUUGACUCCUCACCCAGGACCUCAAGAUUCCUUAAAAAAUGCUCCAGCUCCCAGGGCAAACCUCCAGAGGAGACAGUUGCCAGAGACAUUUAUGUCCUCAGCACCAAUUACUGCUCCAGUUAUGAACCUCACCUCUGAGCCUCGAGGGGUCUUUUCCUCACAGCCCCCUGUCCCUGGUGUGGGUCAUGCUCCCCCUGGAGCACCAGGAGAACUCGGCCUGCAGCAAUGGCCACCAGAGAAGGUGUACAGGAAGGAGCUGCCCCCAGAGCAUCAGUCCUUGAAAACCAGCUUUGAGGCACUUCUACAACGUUGCUCCCAGUCUGCCACGGACUUAAAGACAAAACGGAAGCUGGAUGAGGCAGCCCAACGCCUAGAAUGUCUAUAUGAGAAGCUCUGUGAGGGGACACUCUCGCCUCAAGUCCUGGCUGGGCUCCACGAGGUUGCCCGAUGUGUGGACACAGGAAGCUUUGAGCAGGGCCUUGCAGUGCAUGCCCAAGUGGUGGGCUGCAGCCGCUUCAGCGAGGUCUCCAGCUUCAUGCCCAUCCUGAAGGCUGUCCUCACCAUUGCUCAUAAGCUGCACGUCUAAGCCAGGCAGCCUCUCUUACCAGGAGGUCACUGCUGCUGUUACUUAACUGUUCUCCCUGCGGAAAAGGGAAUUUCAGAAUAGAUUCUGUUUGUGUUUCCCAGCCCUCAUUCUUGUUGCCGGGUAUAUGAUGCUGUAGGCUUGGCUCCAAACUGGCAGAGUGCCUGCUUUCUAUCCUGUGUGCCUGGCCCUCGAUCUGUCCAAGGCUUGUUCAGCCUCUGAGGCAGAGCAUAGGGCCAAUUCUGUACUUCCCCUAAUACUGUUCUCUGGGGCAGGACGUGGGGCAGGGUAUCUUCUCCCUAGGGAUGUUCUGUGUAAGUGGCUUCUAAGAGGAUGAACAGGAUCCAAGUCUACCUCUGCUCUACCCAUCUUUUGGGUCUUUUGUUUUUCUCCUUCUGUGGGUUAUGAGCCUAAUCUUACCUUCUCCUGGCCUCUGACUUCAUAUUCCCAGGUCCGUAUUUCUCUGAGCCCCAGUGGCUGGAGUAGAGUUGGCUGUUCAUCCUCUGAACAAGUCAUAGACAUGAGGGAUGGGUACUGAGCAGAACCAAGAGAAGGAACGUUGGCCCUUUUCUAAAGGAACAUCUCAUCUGCCAGCAUUAUUCAGGGUGGGUGAGGUUAGGUGGAAGGGGUGCACCGCCUUUUGCUGGGAGCUAUCUUGGCCUUGAGAUAGAAGCAGAGGGACCACCGCCUAUGGGAAAUGGCCCCUCACUUGACCUGAGCCCUGGUCCAAGGAGGGCUAGACCAUUCAUUCUAUAUGAGCCCAGCUCUGGAAUAGGAGCCAUAUUAACAAAAGCCUCUCUUUUUAGCACUGCUCCUCGAGGGUGGGAGGCCCUCUCUCCCUCAGCCUCCACAUGUCUCAGGGCUGCCUUCUCUGGCUGCACGUCCAUGGUCGGAUGCUGCAUUUGAACCACUGAUGUGCUUAAGGUGCAAUAAAGCUGCCUUGAUUUGGUUUCCUC